AUGAUUGAAAACGGAAGGCUCGUUUCCUCCUCUCCGCACUUGGCCCCGACCAUAUUAGCGGAGGAGUUUCUGAAAAAAGAAAUAGGAUUUGUUGAUAGCAAAGCAAUAGAAGAAUUUAGUUCACAAAUGAUAGUGAAAAAAAGUAAUGAUAAUAGUUCACCGCCGGCUAAUAAUUCUGCUUCUCCUACUCAACCACCACAAUUCGAAAAAAAUCAGGAAAAUAACCAAAAACCAUUAGUAGGUAACGAUAAAAAUGGCGAGAAAAAAAUAGAGAUCGCUAAUGAUGAAGUUGAAAAUAAAAAAAGUAGUCCUAAUGAUAAUAAUACCUUGGUUAUCAAUUUAAAAGAAGUCAAAAAGAUAAUUUUAAGAGAGGAUGGCAAUUUAGAAAUUAAGUUUAAUGGCACCCAAAACAGCCAAAUUAUAGGCAACGAACAAAUAAAUAAUAGCCAAGAAUUACAAAAGAUUAAAAACUAUUGUCAGCAGAGCGGCAAAGAUAGUUUAAACCAGCAAGAAUUAAAUAAUAUUCUCCAUUCCAGCAGUGCUAGUUCAGGACUGACAAAUAAACCUACGAAUAAUAAUCACUCGUUAGCAAUAGGAUUAAGUAUAGCCGCUGUCUUAAUGGUUGGACUAGCAGUUGGAUUAUUCUUAAAAAGAAAGAAAGGCAUUAAAAAGAAAGCGAAAUCAGGAAAAAAACAAGUAUUUGAAAAUCCAAACCCUCAUAUAAAUAUUGCUACUUUGGGGCAUGUCGAUCACGGAAAAACUACUUUGACUUCGGCAAUUACCUAUGUUCAAGCCAAAGAAAAUAAAGCUAAAUCUCGGAAAUAUGAAGAGAUCGAUGCAGCUCCCGAAGAGAAAGCACGGGGGAUUACUAUCAAAACUGCUCAUGUUGAAUUUGAAACUGACACUAGACAUUAUGCUUUAAUUGAUUGUCCGGGCCACGCCGACUACAUUAAAAAUAUGAUUACUGGUGCUGCCCAAGCUAAUGGUGGAAUCCUAGUGGUUGAUGCUAGUCAAGGCGGACAAGAACAAACGAAAGAACAUCUUCUAUUAGCCAAGCAAGUCGGAGUAGAUAAGUUAGUUAUUUUUGCUAACAAAGUUGACAUGGUUAGUGACCCUGAAAUGUUGGAAUUAGUAAAAGAAGAUAUUGAAGGAUUAUUAGAAAAGUAUGGAUUUGAUAAAGGAGCGCCAAUUAUUUUUGGUUCCGCCAAAAAGGCUUUGGAAGGUGAUCCAGAACAAGAAAAAAAAAUUAAGGAACUAAUUGCCAAACUUGACGAAUACAUUCCCACUCCCGUGAGUGAUGAGAGCAAACCAUUCUUAAUGUAUAUCGAGGACACAAUGUCAAUUACCGGUCGGGGAACAGUAGCCACUGGUAAGGUGGAACGAGGAAUACUCAAGCCUGGCGACGAGAUAGAAAUUGUCGGAAUAAAUGAAGAAAAAAUUAAAACCAAAGCUACCAGUGCUGAAAUGUUUCAAAAAGAAUUAAAAGAAGCCAAACCAAAUUAUAACAUUGGUGUUCUUUUGCAAGGAAUUAAGCGCGAACAGGUAUCGCGAGGAAUGGCCUUAGCCAAGCCAGGUAGCAUCAAUGCUUAUAAAAAAUUCGAGGCGCAAGUUUACGUUUUAAAAAAAGAGGAGGGUGGUCGUCAUAGUACCUUUGAAGACAAUUACAGCCCACAGUUUUACUUCUACACGGCUGACAUAUCAGGAACCAUCAAAUUGGCGAAGGACACAGUAGUCAAGCCCGGUGAUAAUCUCAGUUUAACAGUUCAUCUUAUUCAUCCAGUUGCGAUUGAAACUAAUAGUACUUUCUCCAUCCGUGAAGGUGGAAAAACUAUUGGCAAAGGAAUUGUUACCAAAAUUAUUGAGUAA